AUGUACAUCGCCACGAUUGCCUCAGUCUUGCUGGCUGCAAUUCAAGCUGUCGCUUACAGGGAGGACAUUCACCCCGAAUUCCAUUCUGGCUUGUCCAUCAAUUCGGUUCCUGCUACGGAUCGCGACCACUGGAUGCGACUCGCCAACUCUGCCGUCUACUAUCCACCGGUAUCCCAUCCGUGUCCACAAGCGCCGUUCGGAACAGCAAUCGUCAACACGACAUCAAACGAGCUCAUCUGCGCCAUUGCCAACCGUGUCGGUUCGACAGGUGACCCAACUCAGCACGGUGAAAUCACAGCGAUUCAGCACUGCACCAACGUCCUGCAGAGGAAAGGCCUGUCACCACAAGAAAUUCUGGCAGCUUGGAAGCAUUUCAGUCUGUACACGAACGCAGAGCCCUGUACGAUGUGUCUGAGCGCCAUCAGAUGGGCUGGGUUCAAGGAGGUCAUCUAUGGAACUAGCGUCAGGACUAUUGCCGAGAAUGGUCGAAACCAAAUUUAUAUCCCCUCAAACCUCGUGCUCGAGAAGAGCUACUCGUUUGGUCAUGCUACGCUGAUGCUCGGAAACGUUCUGACAGAAGAGACGGACCCUUUCUUCCAGCACCAAUUCAACGAAUCAGCACCGUGUCCUGUUGGCUGCCGCAGGUCUCGAGUCGACGAUGCCCGCGUUAAGACGUGCGAGCCGGUAUCUGAUUGGCAAAAGCUGGUGGAUCUGUCACACGCUGCAGAUGAUCGCAUGGGAACUCAACCGACGCCCAAAACUCCACUUCACAUUGAGCUGUGA